UACAAAAUAUUUAUAUUAUAGUGAAUGCAAUCAAUCAGUUGAGUCAUUGAUUGUAUCGUUUAAAUCAAUCAAAACAAUCAAUCGAUCGAAACAAUCGGGUGUCCACUGGAUUGAGUGGUCAAUUGACGCGCGGAGAUUCAUAUACUGUAUACACACAUAUAUAUAGACUGACAAAAAUGAUGGUCAAACUAAAUAAAAAUCUAAUGGAAAAUCUGAAAGCCGUCGACCAAAACAUUUCGUUAAACAUCUAUCGGUCGGCCACCCGACACAUUGGUUCGCGGGUACCGUCCUAUCAUCGAUGGCUACGAGCACUGGAGUAUUCGUGUCACGGUAUUUUCUGGUUGGUGGCCACAAUCAUAUCGCUGUACUUAGUAUCGAACAACAAGGCGGCGGCACUGCUGUUGACCGGACUUAUUCUGGACAUUAUUGCAGUGGCCGUAAUCAAGGCUAUGGCCCGUCGUCGGCGACCCGGCUAUGCCCGACAAGACGAUCACUUGACAAUCGGACCGGACAAGCAUUCGUUUCCGUCGGGUCACUGUUCUCGGGCCAUAUAUUUGGCAAUGUUUUUCGGCAAUCUUUCGCCACUACUGUCGCUGGCCGUCUGGUUGUGGUCGCUGUCGGUGUGCGCGUCGCGCGUACUACUCGGCCGACACCAUCUGUUUGAUGCCGUUUUCGGCGCUUUUCUCGGUUAUCUCAUCUAUAGUCUACAGUACACUAUCUUUACGCCAAUCAAUACGCUAUUUGUUUGGCUAAUCAGUGCCUUAUUUAAUGUUGUCUUUUCCGACACCAAUGACUUUGAUUGAUUGAUUGAAAGAUAUUUCAUAUUUAAUUAAAUAUACAGUUUAUAUAUUGAAUAUAUUAUGUGUUAUAUACCUAUAA